GUUGUCUUCCUUAGUAUGCCGAGGAGGGAGAGGCGGUUGGGUGUCAUGUACAUUGAUAACGAUAAAGACCGCGAUGUCACCUUCUUCAAGAGACGUGGAGGUUUGUACAAAGGCGCUGCUGACCUCUCUGUCCUUACUGGUGCUAAGGUUGCUAUCGUCCUUGAGAAGGACAAUGGAAAGAUGCACUCAUUUGGGGCGCCAUCAACCAAACCAAUUGUUGAUGCUUUUCUAUUAGGACAUCCACCAACAACUCCAUUCACCAAUGGGGUGACAACUUCAAGAAUUGAACGCCUACAAGGCAACGUUGCUCGGUUGGACAUGGAGAACAUGAAGGAGGGUAAGAGAAACCAACUCUCCAUCCAACGUAUGAAGGAGAUCCAAGACGACAAGCCAGGUAUGGAGGCAAAACUUCUGUUCUCAAAGGAAGAAGAUCUUAGUCUUGAAGAUCUUGAUAGGCUCUUCAAUGACCUCUCGAGGGUUCAAGAUGACAUUAGAAGACGUCUUCCUCCAUUGCAUAAUGGCUGCAAUACUAAUACCAAAUUGUUCUUCUAA